AUGCCGCGCAAGAAGGCGCCGCCGAGGCGGAACGGCGAAGCCGCGGAAAUCGCGGCGAAGCGCGAGCGCGCCGCGGAGGAGAGCGCGCGCGAUGUCGCGAAGAGAGCGCGCGCUCGCGCGUCGUUCGGUCGCCCCGCGCGCGAGAGCGCAGACUGCGAGAUCCUCGGCGACGACGACGCCGCCGAUCCUGGGUUCUUCGACCUCACGACGCUCUCCGGGCGCGAGACCCGCGGCGGACGCGUCGCGAGCGGCGCGUCCGCGUCCGCGUCCUCGCCGCCCGCGACGCGCGUGCGCUUCGAGUCCGCGAAGAACGGCGACGUCUUGCGAUGGAGACUCGCGUCGACGACGCGCGAGGACGACGGCGAGGACGCGACGGACGACGACGACGACGCCUCCGCCGCGUUCGCGACGGACAUCCCGAACGGCCCGGCGACGACGCGCGCGUUCUUAGACCUCGUCGCCGGCGGGUUCCUCGCCGCGCGGGUGCUCCCGAGCCAGGGCGGCGGCGGCGCCGGUCGCGCGAUAGGGCUCGUCCUCACGCCGACCGCGCUGCAGGACGAGGCGACGCAUCCGGAGGCGUGUUCGAGGCGAGCGAAGCACGCGUCGCUUCGAACGACGCUCGCGUGGCUGACGCCGCCGACGACGCCGAGAGACGUCCUCGCCGCGGGUCUCGCCGCGGAAGCGGGAGACGCGGGGGAAGAAGACGGAACGUCAACCGACGCGGCGUCCAAGUCGCUGCUCAGGGAGAUCUACGACGCGGCGAAGCCGCCGAGCGACGCGCCGACGCUGCGCGGGGACUUCUCCUCGCGGCUCGCGCCGACGCCGCGGCCGUACCAAAGACGCGCGGUGGACUGGAUGAUCCGACGCGAGAAGGGCGGCGUCGGCGCGAUGAGCAAACGCGGAGGAGCGCAAGACGCGGACGCGGACGCGGACGGCGGCGGCGACGACGACGCGUUGCAUCCGCUGUGGAGCCGCCUCCUCGGCGGCCACCGCCGCGGCGACGACGGCGUCCGGUUGUACGUCAACUGGCACACCGGUCAGCUCUCGCGGACGCGGUUUCCCGCGCCGGAGGACGUGCGGGGGGGCAUCCUCGCGGACGAGAUGGGCCUGGGGAAGACCGUGGAGGUGCUCCUGUGCGUCCUCGCGCAUCCGUACGUCCCGCCCGCCGCGGAGGACGCCGCGACGAAGAAGACGGCGGCGGCGAAGGAGGAAGAAGAGAAACGACCGCCGGACGACGGCGUCAAAGCCGAGGCCGCGGACGCGCGCGUCGACGUCGAGGACGGGCCUAUGAUAAAGCGCGGGGAGAAGGACGACGACGCCGUGAUGCGCGUCGAUGAAGACGAAGACGACGACGACGACCAGUCUCGCGCGCGAUGCCCGUGUUGCGAGCUUCUCGAUCCGCUCUUCGUCCCUCCGAGGGACGGCGUGUGGCUCGCGUGCGAGACGUGCGACGAUUGGUACCACGCCCGCUGCGUCGGGUACACGAAGACGGACGAGAGGAGGCACGCGAAGGCGACGCGCGACGCGCGGCGCGUCCUCGCGGACGCGAGACGCGCGGCGGAGGAAGCGGAGACGUCGAAAGACGCCGCCGCCGCCGCCGCCGCCGCCGCCGCCGCGGUGACCGCCGCGGAGGCGGACGUCGUCGCCGCGGACGACGCGAUGCCGUUCACGUGCGGCGCGUGCGUCGCGAAGCGCGCGGGCGAGAUCGUCUCCGGGCCGUGCGGCGCGACGCUCGUCGUGUGCCCCGCGCCGAUCUUGAAUCAGUGGCGCUCCGAGCUCGCGCGGCACGCCGUCCCGGGCGCCGUGCGCGUCGUCGUCUACGAGGGGCAGCCUCGAGACGCGGGCGGGCCGAGCUCCGGGACCGUGAAGAAGAAGAGAGGGAAGAAAACGUCGUCGGCGACGUCGGCGGGGUUCGAACCCGCGCAGGUGACGUCCGCGAAGGACCUCGCCGCCGCGGACGUCGUCCUGACGACGUACGACGUGCUGCGGAACGACCUGCAUCACGACCCGAGCGGCGACGCGGCGGGCGCGGCGCGCGCGUCGAGGUACGCGAAGCGGUACUCGAUCGUCCCGACGCCGCUGACGCGCUUGACGUGGUGGAGGGUCGUGUUGGACGAGGCGCAAGAGGUGGAGAGCAGCACCGCGGCGGCGGCGGCGAUGGCGAGACAACUUGUCGCGACGCACCGGUGGGCGGUGAGCGGCACGCCGGCGUCGCGCGGGUUGGAGGAUCUCCGGGGGUUGUUUUCUUUCCUCGGCGCGCCGUCGCCGCUCGCGGACGCGACGUGGUGGCGGAGGUGCGUGCAGACCCCGCACGACGCGAAAUCGCGCGUCGCGAAGGCGCAGCUCGCGCGACUCCUGCGGCGCGUGAUGUGGAGGAACGGUCGCGAGGACGUGAAAGACGAGCUCCUUCUGCCGCCGCAAGGGCAGACGAUCACGUGGCUGCGACCGAGCGGGAUCGAGGCGCACUGGUACCGGCAGCAGAAGAAGGUGUGCGAGCGCGCGGCGAGGGACGCGUUGCGGCGCAUACGAGGGACGCCGAAGACCGCGACCGCGGAGACGGAUGCGAUGGACGAGGAGGACGCCGAGCGCGCGCGACGGGCGUCGGCGCCCGCGUGGGCGGCCGCCGCCGGCGCGGGGAGAAUCCUCGGCGGCGGCGACGGCGCGUUCGAGGACGUCGCGGAUUUGAUCGAGAACGGCGGCGAGGAGGAGGAGGAGAAGGAGGAGGAGGACGACGACGACGACGACGAUGCGCCGCUCGACGCCGCGCCACCGCCCGUCGUCGACUUGACCGGCGCCGACGACGACCGGUAUCUCACGACGGAGGAAUCCAGACGCGUCCUCGCGCCGUUGCUUCGUCUGCGUCAAGCGUGUAACCACCCUCAGGCGGGGACACACGGCGUCCGCGGCGUCGUCGGCGGCCCGGGCGGUCCGAACGCCGCGGGCGCGAGCGUCGGCGCGGGAGGGAUCCACCACGGCGUCAUCAUGACGAUGCCGCAGAUACACGAGGUGCUGAUCGAGCGGCAGCGCGUCGAGGCGGAGGAAGCGCAGCGGCUGGUCGCGUUCACGCUGAACGCGUCCGCGGGCGUCGCGAUGUGUCGGAGAGAAUUCGCCGUCGCCGUGAAGCACUACCGGGAGGUGUUACGGCUCGCGGGCUCAGGCUCGGCCGCCGCCGAGGACGGCAGUUUGUGCCUGCGUCUGGACGCCCUUCAGCGGCUGCACGCGCUGCAUAACUUGCGAGAGGCCCUAGACGCGGCCGUCGCCGACGGCGUCGGCGUCUCGCGAACCGUCGCCGACGACGCGUUAUUCGCGGACGCGGAGACGGAGCGGCAAAAAUACAUCGCGCAACGCGCGGGCGGGCUCGCCGCGGCGUCGCGCGAGGUGGACAAGUCGCGCGCCGCCAUCUCUCUGGCGCGCGCGCGGUGCGGCGCGACCGGAACGGGGACCGGGCCGAGCGGCGCGACGUGGUGGCUCGGCGUUCUGGACGGCGGGAAGACGUCCGUCGACCGGCUGCUCGACGGCGUGCUGCGGGGGAUGUGGCAAGGCCGCGAGGCGCCGUUCCGCGACGUGAGCGGACUGCGAUACACGCUCGAGAGCGAUCUCGAUAGGAUGGGGGAGGAACGCGAGAGGUUUACCGCGCGCGUCGAGCACCUCGCGCGGGUGACGUCGGAGGCGAACCCGGAGGACGUGGCCGCCGCCGGGAAGUGCCCGGAGUGUAAGACGAAAAACAUCUUCGACGACGCCGGCGAGGCUGUCGGCUCGCGGUUCGUCGGUCGGAACAGGACCGCGAACGCGAAUGCGAACGCGAAUGCGAACGCGCCGCGCGGCGGGUCGUGGUGCCAGCACUGCCGCAGCAAGGUCGUCUUCGAGGCGUACGAGAACGUCCUGUUCGCCGCGCAGGGCGUGGACAGAGACAUGCGUUUCGGAGGCGCGGGGUUCGGCCGGUCGGGCGGCGCCACCGACGUCGGCGCGGGGAAGUCCGCGCCGUCGUCCGCGGAAACGGUCCUCAAGCACCUCGCGUCGAGGAUCCCGAAGAUCGGGCUCGCGAACGCCGCGGCCGCGGAAGCCGCGGCGGCGCACUUGGAGAUGCUCGAAGAGAUGCGGAAAGAGUUCACGCGCGCGAUGACGCUGACGCGAAAGCAACGCGAGGAGUUGUACGCGAGAGACGAACUCGCGAUGGCGACGACGCGGAUACGCGUCCGCGCGGAGCACGAGGUCGCGCUCGGGGGACUCCCGGACCCCGUGCCCGAGCACCUGCGCGACUCCGUCGUGCACGAGUGGGAGCUCGACGGCAAAGAUACGACGUACGCGAUGGACCGAGUGACGUACGAGGCGGACCUUCGCCGCGCGUCGGCGCAGACGCGGUUCUUGGAACGCCUGCGGCACGAGGACGAAGACGACGCGGAAAAGGCGUUCGAGUGCCCGGUGUGCCACGAGGACGUGGACACGUCCGCGGCGGCGGCGUCCGUCGCGGUCCUUCCGUGCGGGCAUCGGCAGUGCGUGCGGUGCACGGACGCGCUCGUCGACCGCGCGCCGCCGCCGCCGCCGCGACACCCGAAGUGUUUCAAGUGCCCGACGUGCCGCGCGCGCGUCCCCUCGGACGAGAUCAACUACGUCAGCGCGGGGUCGUCGAGGGUGCGAUACGAGCGGUGGCCCGCCGCGGGCGCGAGCGCGAACGACGACGUCAUGGACGCGCAGCUCGGGACGGAGCGCGAGCAACUCGAAGGCGAGGCGUCGAAAGUCGUGCGAGGGUCAUGGGGCACGAAAGUCGAAGCCGUCGCGCGGCGAGUACUCUGGCUGUUGGACGACGCGAGGCCCGGCGCGGACGCGGACGCGCGCGCGCUCGUGUUCCCGGAGUGGGAGGACGCGCUGCGCGUCGUCGCCGCGGCGUUGCGCGCGAACGGCGUGGACGUCGAGCACCCGGCUGGGGGCGGGAAAAAGCUGCGCGACGCGAUCGAGCGGUUCAAAGCCGCCCCGGCGCUUUCCGCGUCGUCCGCGUCGCCGCCGCCUCGCGUGCUUCUGAUGCCGUUGCGACGCGGCGCGAACGGGUUGAACCUCACCGAGGCGCAGCACGUCAUCCUGCUCGAGCCCGUCCUCGACCCGGGCGCGGAGGCGCAGGCGAUGAAACGCGUCGAUAGAAUCGGUCAGACGAAACCGACGUGCGUGCACCGUUUCUUGCUCUCUGGCACCGUCGAAGAGAACGUGCACGAGCUGUCGAGACGACGACGCGAGGCUGCGGUCGGCGACGGCGGCGGCGACGUCGGACGCGGACGCGGCGGUGCGGGGUCGGGGAUGAAGCUGUCGGAAGUCGACGUCCUCGUGCCGCCGGCGUGA